AUGUGUUUGAAGCGCGGGAAAGAGUGGAAGAAGAAGAUUGUAAAAAAUUUGCUUUUUUCAUGUGAGAAGAAGAAAAGAGCAGAAAAAGGCACGAGAGAAAAGAGUUAUGUCUCACAAGAAGAAUUCCUCUCUUCUUUCUUAAGAAAGAUGAUGUCUUCUAUCGCGGAAGAGGAGCCAUCGCUGCCUGCGAUGCAACAACAACAACAACAACAACAACAAGAAAUAAAGCAACCAACGCUCGCGGCGACUUCCCCGCCUCACUCUCCGAGAAGUAGUGAUGACAGUAGCAGUCGAAGAAGAAGAAGAGCUUCAAAAUUCAACAUCGACCCGCCACCGUCGCUUCUCGUGAGAGCGAUUGAAAAAGCGAUCAAAUGCGCGUGUUACGCGAUCGUUAUCUUCUACGUGGGGAAAGCGUUUCACCGAAACGUGUUUAAUCCUCUUCUGUCGUUAUCGAAUGCGGAUUAUAGUCUUAAAACGAUCGUCCGAGACGUGUUUUACGGGUACGAGAAACCGAAAAACAGGAAAGCGGCGAGUUCGGUGCGAGAUAUCGAGCACAAGAAAAAGUUACUCGCGGACGAGUCACAUUUGAAGAGGAAGUUAGAACACAGGGAUAGAAAGAGACAGAAAUUGCACGAGAAGUUAGGAUUGAACCACGAGGACGAGAUGGAAAUUUGGAGAAGGAAGUCGGAGGAGAUGAAGAGGAGCAACGGUAGGAGCGCUUCGACGCGUCGGGACGACGACGGCGAGUUGUAA